GCCGGUAGCGAUGAGGACAGGAUGUCCCACGAUGCUCAUAGAGUGCCUAUCACCUUCCGUCAUCUGGUGAGCGCUGGAAGUCUCAAUGCCUCAAACCCUCUGCGCGUCAUCUCUCUGGUUGACGUCGACGCGGCUUACGCUCAAUUCGAAGCUUCGCGCCUCGGAGUGGAUUCGUCAGUGGUACCCCUCGCGGUACAACAGUGGAACGGUCUCAUCGCAAUCUCGUAUGCUGCGAGGAAGUUUGGUAUUACCAGACAUGAGACAGUUGAGUCAGCCAAGGAGAAAUGUCCUGAGAUCCGGCUAGUCCAUGUGGCCACUUAUGCAGAAGGGGCUCAGAGGGCGGAAUACAAUGAGGAUCCGAGUCCAACGACCCACAAGGUCUCCCUCGACCCUUAUCGCCGGGAGUCCCGCAAGAUCGUCGCCAUCUUUGACGAGAUGUGCCCUUUGGGAGCCGUCGAGAAAGCUUCCAUCGAUGAGCUCUACUGCGAUUUGACUCUCGCAGUGAGGCAGGUCAUCCUCCAGAGGUUUCCCGAACUUGCUCGUCCACCGGCCAACUCCCCUCUGGGACUCGAUACCCCACUCCCGCCGCCGCCCAAAAUCGACUGGACUGAUCUGGGCUAUCGCGUCCCGACAGAGGGGGCUCACCAAGAAUCGGCAGAGGGAGAUGAUGCGAAGGACGCACAGGAAGCGGACAAGCAGGCUUCACGGCAGGAAGAGCUGCAGGAGAGCGUGAGGGAAGAGAUUGCCGCAGACACCUUCAAGACAGCCGCUAUCAAUUCGUCGCCCCCGCUCGUCCAGCAAGCCGCAUCUUGGACCGAUUACGCCUUGGCUUGCGGCGCCGAGCUCAUCCUCAAGAUUCGGCAAGAGGUCAUGGAUCGGCUUGGCUACACGAUGUCAGCUGGUAUUGCCCCGAACAAGACCCUGGCGAAGCUCUCCGCCGGAAUGAAGAAGCCCAAUUGCCAGACUAUUCUCGUCCCUGGCGCCAUUCACGCUUACCUGAAGGACCUACCUUUCCAGAAGAUCCGCUUCCUCGGCGGCAAGCUUGGAGACGCGAUUGCAAAGGAGUGGGAGCGAUCGACGGUGGGCGAUUUAUGGUCUGUGACUCUUGCAGAGCUGCAAGAGAAGGUGGGGGACGAGUCAAAGUGGGUCUAUGAUGUUCUGCGUGGUAUCGAUCAUACGCCGGUCAUUGAGAGGACGGCAAAUAAAACGAUGCUGGCAUCCAAGAAUGUCAAGCCACCGAUACGGACGCUGCAGGAGGCUCAGAGGUGGAUCUCGAUUCUUUCCUUGGAACUGUGUGUUCGACUGAAAGAGGCUAGGGAAGAAUCGCCCAACAUUUGGCCUUCGACCAUGGUCUUGCGAUACCUCAAGGCAGGGGAGACUGCCCGAAGUCGCCAGUCUAGCUUUCCCUUUGUGAGGGAUCUCAAGCCCGAGAGCGUCGCGGUCGUUGCUGAGCGCCUCUGGGGAGAGGCUGUCGGGGAGCAGAUGUCCAGCGGGAAGCAGCUGUCUGAGAUCAUCGUUAUUGCGCUCGGCUUUUCGGGCUUAGAGGCCGGCGAGCAAGGGCAGAGAAGCAUUGAAGGCUUCUUCACCAGCAAAGCAGCUGCCUCGAAUGCAAAAGUCCCUGCGCUAGCUGCAGCAUCCCCGCCGAUACCGCAAACAAUCUCUUCGAAGCGCGAGCGUGCUUUGGAAGGCGAGACGAUGGAAGGCAAGGGAGAAGACGGGCGGUCACCCUCGCCACUGGGCGUUGUCAAUGGAACGAUUGGCGAGCCGUCGGCGAAAAAGAUCAAAAAGGUCAAAGCCUCCGGUCUUCAGUCGCUCUUCCAGAAGGCUGCAGAAGUGACAUCUCCCCUGCAGCCUGAAGCAGCGCAGCCUUCAGUGGCGCAAGAUGCUAGUCUGGACAGUGUGUCCCCUGCACCACUCACCGAGGAAGCGCCGUCGAUGCCAUCCUGGACUUGUCCCGAGUGUCAAGCAAAGAUCCUGCCGCGAGCGCAUGUCGGAGAGCCAGGUCGAGCGGAGGAGGGGGAAGAUUCAGACAGACGACUAGCACAAGCAAAGCAGGACCAUGAAGACUGGCAUUUCGCCGUCAACCUGCAGAAGGAGCACAGUGCAGCGUUGCAACCCAGAGGAAGUUUGGGCCCUUCGGCUUCCCAAGCUCCAGCUUCCCAAAGAAGUGCGUCGCAGAAGGGCGGCGGCGGCAAGGGGUCGAAGGACAAGAAGGCGAACAAGAACGCUAUUCAGAAUUUCUUCAAGAAAGGAGGCUGAGAGGUGGUACGGGUUCAAGAGUGGAGAGGACACUUUGUUGUUAUAUACCUGCAUUGUACACUGCACAUUCCGCUAACAUGCAACUGAUACCAUAGACAUAC